AUGGCGGCGCUGGCGGUGAGGCGGGCGCCGAGAGCAGCGGGGUUUUCGCCAGUUCCGUGCCGCGGCCUGGCCAAACCCGCGGGGCCGCCGAGCACCAGGCAGCUGCGGGAAGCCGAUGAGGCCGCCCCGAUCUUCCAGUACGUGGGGAAGGCGGCUAAGCGGAAGGAUCGGGUUUUCGUGUGGGGUUUCUCCUACUCGGGCGCUCUGGGCGUGCCCAGCUUCGUGAAGCCGGACGCGGGCUGGAAGAAGCCGCGGCGGAUCCAAGCGACGCCUUACCGACUGGAAACGGAGGAGAAGAUAACCUCUGCUGCCUGUGGUUAUGGAUUCACGUUGCUGUCUUCUAACACCACUGACAUCACCAAAGUGUGGGGCAUGGGCCUGAACAAGGACUCCCAGCUUGGAUUUCAGAGAAGCAUAAGAGACAGAACCAAAGGCUAUGAAUAUGUCUUAGAACCAUCUCCAAUCCCAUUACCUCUGGAGAAGCCACAGAAGACUCGAGUCCUGCAGGUGUCCUGUGGCAGAGCUCAUUCCCUGAUCCUGACAGACAGCGAAGGAGUCUUCACCAUGGGAAACAAUUCUUAUGGACAGUGCGGUCGGAAAGUUGUUGAAGAUGAAGUUUACAGUGAAAGCCAUUUAAUUCAUCAACUGAAUGAUUUUGACAGCAGAGUUGUCCAGGUUGUGUGUGGGCAGGACCACAGUCUGUUUAGAACCAAGAAAGGCGCUGUCUUUGCGUGCGGUUGGGGAGCUGAUGGGCAAACAGGUCUUGGACACUACAAUAUCACUAGUGUUCCAACUAAGCUAGGUGGUGACAUUGCUGGAGUGAACAUUAUCCAAGUCUCUUCCUAUGGGGACUGUUGUCUGGCUGUUUCAGAUGAGGGAGACCUCUUUGGUUGGGGAAAUUCAGAAUACUUGCAGUUGGCAUCUGUCACAGAAACCACACAGGUGAACGUUCCCAGACAUUUGCCUUUCAAGAUUGGGAAGAUAAAGGAGGCUGCGUGUGGAGGUACUGGCAACAUUGUGCUAACUGAAGAAGGAAGUGUUUUUGUCUGGGGAUACGGAAUUCUUGGGAAAGGACCAAACCUAACUGAAACAGCAGUGCCAGAGAUGAUCCCCCCCAGCCUUUUUGGCUGGUCAGACUUCAGUCCUGAUGUCCGUGUUGCUCGUGUUCGCUGUGGGCUCAGCCACUUUGCAGCACUUACAAACAGAGGAGAACUCUUUGUAUGGGGCAAGAAUCUAAGAGGGUGCCUGGGAAUUGGAAGAAUGGAAGACCAGUAUUUCCCAUGGAGGGUAACUAUACCCGGCGAAGUGGUGGAUGUUGCAUGUGGAGUUGAUCACAUGGUAAGCAUGGUUAAAUCUUUCAUGUGAUAUUGCUGAGCCUUGGCACUGUGCUUGGAAGACGAGGGUCGUGGCGAAGAGCUUCUUGGAAAGGAAGGCUCACUCCAGGGAGCCAGGCAAGAGGUGACUGUGAGCAGAGACAGCCACAACAGUGCCUGGCUGUGCUGUCAUCUCUGCAUCGUGGAAACGCUCCAGCCCGGCUGCGGGAAGGAAUUACAUUCCCCAAAGAGAGUGGAAAUGCAGGGAGUGCUCUGGCAGCUUUGUGGCAGGCUCCCAAAGAGUCUGACACCCAGCCCACAGCUGGUGAGUCCCUCUGGGCACAAGGAUGAAGAGCAUCUCCCUCCCUCAGGGAAGACUGGCAGGAGAUGAAAUCUGUAGCUCAGGACAUUCAUUUGUGGAUGCUUUCUCUGGCACAUCAGUGUUGGACUAAGCCAAGCUAUUUCUCAAGAGAAAACUUUUCUUCUGUUACUAUGUUUUUAUGUGGAAGAAAACUCAUUCUGGCUGUUGGAGUCCAGCACAGCUGUCCCCUGCAUCCACCACCAGCUGUGGACUCUGAAGACUCUGCAUCCAAGGAACACAUUCAUUAAACUGGGAGAGUGAGAACUUGUCUGCAGGGGGAAAGUACUGCUAAAUAAGACAAUUUAUGGAAAUUGUGGAUACAUAAAUCAUAUGCUGCCUACAUUGCCACUGCUAUGGAAGCACAGAUUGAUGGACAGUGGAAGUAGGCUGCAAACAAAGCUCCCUUCUGACUACACGCAGUGGCGAUGAGCAGCACUUACUGUUUGUCAGUACU